AUGAAGUUCCUCUUCGCAUUGCCUGCCGUCCUCGCCGUGGCGGUUCCCAGAGGAGGCGGCAAGGACAAGGGUCACCAUCACCACCACGACCUCGCCGGCCCCUCCCUCCAGCACUGGCCCAAGGCUGCUGCCGAUGCACUCGACACCAUGAUCGCGAGCAAGGCCAAUGCCUCCAACUACGCCAUCUUUGACUGGGACAACACGAGCGACCGCUACGAUCUCGAGGAGAGCCUCAUGCCCUACCUUGAGAGCAUCGGCGUGCUCACUCCGGACAAGCUCGACCCGUCCCUCCGCGUCGUCCCGUUCAACGAGGGCGAGUCGAUCUACGGCUAUUAUCUUCGUCUCUGCGACAUUGACGAUAAAAUCUGCUACUGGUGGGCGGCGGCUGUGUUCAGCGGUAUCAAGCUGGACGUGCUCAAGGGCCACGUCGACGACCUCAUGGGGCUCAACGGCACAAUUAAGACGACCUACGCGGAUGAGAACGGCACGCGGAUUGACACCGAGGUCAACACGCCCCAGAUCUUCCGCGGCCAGGUUGAGCUCUUCAACCGCCUCAUGGCCAAUGGCAUCGCCGUCUACAUUAUUAGCGCGGCUGCCGAGGAGCUUGUUCGCAUGGUCGCCUCGGACCCUAAGUACGGCUACAACGUGCCGCCCGAGAAUGUCAUUGGCGUGUCGCUCCUUAUGAACAACUCGGGCCUCCUCACAACCGCGCGGAAGCAGAUUGACGAAGGAAUGUUCAACAAUUCAAACGGUAACUUUGUCCUCACCCCGAUGCUGUGGACGCCGGCGACCUGGAUGACGGGUAAAUGGGCAGCCGUGCUCUCGUACAUCGACCAGUGGCAGCUCCCCGUCCUCGCUGCCGGCGACACGCCCAUUUCUGAUGGGCCGAUGAUCUUCCACGGCAUCAACCGCGAUGACGGCAUCAAGCUCUGGGUAAACCGCAAGGCCAAGUAUAUGGACGAGAUUGCCAAGAUGAACGAGACGUUUGCGCUCGAGCAGGCCGAGCGCGGUCGCCCUGUCACAGCGGACAAGGGAUGGGUGAUUGUCACUCCCGAGGAGAUUCAGUAG